UGUAGAAGAAACCACCAGCGUGAAGCAAACACACCAACGUGGAUUUGUAAGUCUUGGCCGUUGGCAGGAAUAUAGGCAAUGACAGAGACGCGUCUUCCAACUUCGCCAAUCUCGAACUCGCUGUCAUGUCGGACAUAUCCAAGUACACCGGCAGAUUCAGAAUCAACGUCGGUUCUCAAGAUACGCAAGCACGCAAAGUCGCCAAACGGCCUCGAGAGUCACUUGCUUGCGACCAGUGCCGUGAUGCAAAGGUCCGAUGCAACAAGGGACGUCCGUGCAGCAGCUGUGUGAAAAGAAAUGGAGGCUCGUCAUGUUCUUAUCAGAAGCCGAGUGCUGGCGAAGACAUGACUAGAUCCGUAGCUGAAGAUAGACUUGACAAGCUGGAGCGCAUGGUCACACUGUUGAUGCAGAACCAAGCGGCGCCGAUGACUCCUUUACAGCAGCCAACAACGCCUCCGGACGCAAUUGACCGCCAAGAUCGCAAUGAGUUAAGUGCUUGGAGUGCCGACGCCAAGGCGAAAUACCCUACUGUUCUGGAAGAUAUAAUGAACAGCAUCCAUGACUUGAAGCUUGCGUUGCCAGAGGUGAGAGAAGAAGUGGAACGGAUGCCAUCGGCAGAGUACAGGAUGCGUGGCAGCGAGCGAAUAUUCGGUUCGGCAUCGUCACGUUCGAUCGAAGAGGUGCUGAAAAGAUAUAUGCCCUCUAGAGAAGAGUCCGAUCGGCUUCUGGAAGUGUUCUUCGUGGGAGAUACGUUUAUCUUGCCCUUCAUCCAUGCCCAACAGUUCCGGCGCGAGUACGUGGAGUUCUGGAGUCAACCGGGCGUCGUGUCGCCCCUCUGGCUAAGCUUACUAUUUUCAGCCUUAAAUCUGUCUUCGAUGGCCGGAGAGGGUGCAGCCAUGGCUUCAGCACAGGUCAAAGUGGCAGGCUUGAGCCCGGGCUUUCAUGCUGCGGCGGGAGAGUGCUUGGUCAUUGGCCAUUAUUAUCGCGCUCAGCCAUAUGGUCCUGAAGCGCUGCUCUUCUAUGCACACUGCGUCAGCAUGAAGACUCUGGACCCAAGCCGUGAGGCGGGAGCAAUGAUGUCCAUGGCGGUGAGGAUCGCAUACGAGAUGGGAUAUCACCGUGACCCGGACUUCUUCGGCUCUUUCAGCGUCUUCGAAGGCGAAAUGAGACGUCGCUUCUGGGCUGGAUUCAAGCAGAUUGACAUGAUGCUUGCGUUCCAACUGGGUCUGCCCUGUAAUAUCCGCCUCGAGAAUUGUGACACGCGCUCUCCACGCAACUUACUCGAUUCAGACUUUGGUCCUGAUUCAACCGAACUGCCACCUUCCAGACCGGAAAGUGAGGCUACAGGACUGCUUUGGUUCAUUGUGAAGGAUCGGCUUGUGCCCAGCUUCAGCAAAGUUUGCCAAGAUGCCCUGUCUCUACGACUUAAAUCUGAGAGCGAGGUCAGAACGCAAGACGAGGAGAUCAGAAUGGCGAAAGAAACUGUUCCAGACGUGCUUCGUGUUCGACGGAUUCCGGAUUGUCUGGGAGACCCGCCCUUUCUGAUCAUGACCAGGUUUUAUCUCGAGUUGCUCUCACUGAAAAGCCUGUGCAUUUUGCACCGCAAAUACAUGACACAAGGUAACGAAUAUAGUACAGAAAAGUGUAUUGAGGCUGGACUGUCCAUAGUUCGUUUGGUGAUCAAUGCGUACAAAGAAUUCGCGCCCGGUGGACAACUCUACGAGGUGAAGUGGAUGUUUAACUGCUAUUACUUCAACGACUUUCUACUCGGAGUGAUUGUCCUUUGCUUGUACACCAACAUAUGUCUUAAGAGGAGUGUUGGUGCUGGCCUGCCUACAAUUGGCGUGGGCAGCGAGAUAUUCGCGUUGCUUGAGCAGUCACAUACCAUAUGCGUGGAGAAGGCGUCUGCUAGCAGAGACGCGCGGAAGGUGUCCUUGGCCAUACGGCUAGUGCUGCGAAAUGCCGCCACAGCUUCAGUUCGGAAUAGAUCUAGUGCUGAAGAGCGAAUUGACGUUACGGACCCAACGCCAUUAACUCAAGUUGGGACUGAAUUUGACCGGAGACCGGACGGUUCCAGCUGGUGCUCGCCGACGUCAAUGCUCGAAGGUCCUCAAUUCGAAGCUCUUGAUCCGUUCAGCUUCAUGAGUACAGAAGGCGCAGCUUUUGACGGCGUGUUCGCCGGCUUUGACCCACCAACGUGGGAUGACUUCAUGUUUCCUUCUGGAGAUGAAUAAUCUAACAAAGUCGGCUCUCAUACACGACAGGACGAUAUCUCCAGUUGUUGGUAGUUGACGUCAGAAAUCGACAGAAUUAAAUUCGUAGAGAUGAGGGAUCAAAAUAGAAUUGGUCAUCCUAACACUUGGAUCUAGUACAGAUCUAGAGCAGGUAUGAAGGCGUAGGAGGCUGUCUAUUCACCGCGCCUUUGUUUUUCUUCGGUUUGAGAACCUUCACCAUGGUUGCACCAUAUCUUUCCUAAUAGCCUUACCCAUAUCACUAUCCCGAGCCCCUUCCACAACAUCACGGACAAGGUCGGCUCCAAUCUUAGGGUCUAACGCACCUGACGCUUUGAGAGCCUCUGGAUUGCCUCCCAGGCCAGUGGCGAGCAUGCCUGGGGAGAUGGCAAUGACUUUGACGCCAUCCUCUUUCAGCAACCGCGACCACUCCAGCAUCAUCAUGUUCAGGCCUGUCUUUGAUGAACGGUAUGCAGGAAUCGAUAAAGUUGGCUUCGGCCAACCUGCUGCUGGAGGUCUAUUGAUUGGUAAGACUUGGCUUCCAUGCUCUGCUAAUACUGAGGUCCCGCUGGUGAUGAAUAUCAAGCGAGGUUCGGAUGACUUGAGGAGGAGUGGCACAAAGGUGUACGUGUUGACGAAUGUUCCUGCUACGUUCACAUCCCAGGUUUUGUUCCAAAGCUGGCGGAGCGUCAUAUUUCCGUCCCCAGCUGACUGGUCGAAGGAUGCACCUGCAAAGCGUGAGUCGAACGGUCUGCCGACCACAAGAACAGCAAUAACAAGAACAGGGCUACCUGCCUGCGUUGUUAAUGAGGACGUCGACCCUUCCGUACUUAUCUCUAACAGUUUCGAAAGCUUGUUCGAUCGAGGCAUCACUCUCAACAUCGAUUUGAAUCGGCUCGACCGUGCUUUGGCUCUCCGAAUAUUCUUGUGUCGUUUCUUCAACAGCAGCAAUAGCCUUCUGAAUGUUCCUACCACCCAGUAGGAUGGUGUAGGGUCUGCUGGAUCUACAUAGAGAUUUGACGGUUUGUAAACCAAGACCGGUGUUCGCACCGGUGAUGAAAACAAUUCGACUUGCUGGCAUUUUGAACGGCCCACGGUUUGACUUCACUUUUGAGACAAGAGGCGAUGACACCAAUACUCAUCCUUUCUCCCGAAUCGUCUUUAUACUAAAUUCAGGCGUGGGAAUACCGCACAUAUUUCAACGGCCUCGUUGUUUUAACUCCGCCAACGACUCCAAACCGCUGGGAGAACGAAAGGCUGUGCUAUAAAAAUUACUCAAUACGGCAAUUUUGGUAUGCCCAAAGCCCGAUUGGUUGGAGCUGUGGAACCUAAAGAUGCACAACGUGAUCCAACAUCGAGCGGACAUUCUUUAUAUAGCAUCAUCGAGCACAUCAUCCUAGGAUUACGACGGCUCCAAAAUUGCAUUUACAGCUUGGAAAAGAAGGCAAACUUGUUCUUGCCGUCUAUGCGAUCAAGUACGAGGAAAUUCAAAAAUUUAUCUGACGCUGCACGCCUCUAUAACAUGCCUCGAACCACUCUCAGUGCUCGCAUACAAGGACACUUUUCACGCGUCCACCAACGCACAAACCGCCAUGAGCCAAC